CGCGCCGCCAGGACCGGCCACUGGAGGUGGAGGCAGAGGCAGGAGAGGUGGCACUGCCAAAGCCAGCAGCGGGCCGCCCAUCCUGACGCCGGGAGCAUCCCUUUGGCCAUCCCGGGGCAUCCCGGUGCCCGCGGGCUGGGAGCUGUGCCCAGGAGGGAUGUGAGGGCUCAUCCCCGGGGAGGCGGAUCCGGGAGGUGCCCCUGGAGCCGGAGCGAGCCGAGCCGAGCCAUGCUGAGCCUCAAACUGCCGCGGCUGCUCAGCAUCCACCAGGUGCCAAAGGGAUACCGGGAGCAGGGAAUCCUGUUCGGGUACCGCCCCCCCCGCAGCUCAGCCACCGACUGCCUGCUCAGCGUCUUCCAGAUGACCAACGAGACCCUCAACAUCUGGACACACUUCCUGCCCGCCUGGUACUUCGUGUGGACGCUGCUGGGCCGGCUGCAGGGGGGCUGGGAGGACCCCCAGGCCUGGCCCCUCCUGGCGUACCUGGUGACCUGCUGCAUCUACCCACUGGCCUCCAGCUGUGCCCACACCUUCAGCACCAUGUCCUGCCGUGCCCGCCACCUCUGCUACUUCUGCGACUACGCCGCCCUCAGCACCUACAGCCUGGGGUCUGCUCUGGCCUACUCAGCCUACGUGUUCCCCCUGGAAUGGGUGGGCUCCACCUUCCACCACUGCUACGUGCCCGUGGCCGUGUUCAACACCGUGGUCAGCACCGACCUCUCCUGCUACUCCAGGUUCCUGGAGGUGGAGAGGCCCCGGCUCAGCAAAGCCUGGCGCACCCUGGCCUUCGUGUACCCCUACCUGUUCGACAGCAUCCCCCUCUUUUACAGGCUGUACCUGUGUGCCCUGGAGGGCUGCUCCGAGGGCUCCAUCCUGCUGCACUACAAACACACGGGCUGUGCCCUCCUCACCUGCUUCAUCUUCGCCACCCACCUGCCCGAGCGCCUGGCACCGGGCACCUUCGACUACAUCGGGCACAGCCACCAAGUUUUCCACGUGUGUGGGAUCCUCGGGACGCACUUCCAGAUGGAGGCCAUCCUGAGGGACAUGGCUGAGAGGCACAGCCAGGUCCUGCUGCCCUCCUCCCUGCAGACCCUGUGCUCCAUGGGGGUCUGUGUCACCGGGAGCCUGCUCGUCAUCGGGAUCAGCUCCGUGUCCCUGCCCCUCAUCCCGGAGCCUCCACACAGGGACAAAUCCCACUAGGACUGGGGACUGGUGGCAGUCCUGCUGCUCCACCAACACCCAGCACAGUGUUGGUGUGGACGAGGAGUUUGUUUGCUCCCAGUAUUUAUUGAUGAUCUUCUCAAGGGCUCGAGGAGCUGCACUGGUUUAUCCACUGAGCUUUAACGCUGCAAACGGGUUUGGAGACGCUUUAAAUCCAGUUGUUAUCCCGGGAAAGAUGUAAAAUAUCCUGAGUUUUAUCCGAAAAAAGGGACAGAAGUGCUGCCACUUCCCAAAGCAAUGGGGAUUCACCAGGUGUGCCUUAGGGAGGGGUCACAGGGAACGUGGUGACAGCGAUGGCACCGGUUUGGAGCGAUGGCCACGACCCCCGGGGAGGCACGAGGGCUCCCUGGCCCCUGUUCUCACCUUCCAAGGGGCAUCAUUUUGGAAUCUGAAGCCUUAAAUAUCCACCUUUCACAGCCUUAAACCCAACCCCAGUGCCUGACAGAUGUGGGAUUGAGGGACUGGUUUAAAAUCAGCUGGUUUUGAUCGAUACAUGGAAAAAGUGAUCCUGGAAGAGCUUCCCUGGGGUGUUCCUCCAGAAUAGCUGGUUUUUGGGUCUAAUUCUGGCAAAAAGGGAAGUAAUUCUUGUGGGAAAGCUGAGCUCUCAUGUUGGCAAAGCAAGUCCAUCCUUUCCUGAGUGUUUCUGGAGGCUGGAUGGACCCUUGGAUGGAGGGGCUGACACGGGAGAGCCAAACCCCUGAACCCCUCUGGGUUUUGGGGUCACUCACGUGGGAUAAUGUUGGAAUGUUCUGUUGGAUGAGGGAUUGGGAUGGGGUGUCCAGGAGGAUGAACCACCAGCAGAGUAGGGAGUGGGAUCUGGGCAGUGUGGAGUUGGGAGAAAGGCAGGAUUUGGGAUUAAACACCCAAGGGAUCAAACCCUGGGAUUUUAAAGCAUUCCCAGAGUUACCCCUCUGCUCCUGCUGUUGCUCUUUGCUUCCCUUUCCUGCUGCUCCUGGAUUUUCCAGGCACAGAGCCUGGAGGUCUCAGCCUGAUCCAGGAGAGGGACAGCUCAGCUGGUGGCUCCAGGAAUCCAGGGAAAAUCCCCUUGGAUUUUCCUACAGGAACAAGCGACACUUCUAGGGAAUAUUAUCAAUCAUACGGGUGUUUAAUUAAUGUUUUAAUUGCCUCUGCCAAGGUAGAACUGAUGCACUUUGGAGUGACAACCCAACAGCUCAUUAAAUAUGGGAUCAUGUGGUUAAACAUGGAAUGACUAAAUCCUUUGUUUUGAAAGCUGACCAAGAUUUGUGGGAAUAUUUAUAAGCACUGGAAUGUAAUUGUUUAUUCAAAAGUUUUAUUGCUUUAAAAGAGAAAACUAAUAUAAAUCACUGAUCAUAAUCUGGUUUUUACCAUUUGGUAAGAAUAUGGCUGGGGGAAUUAAUCACUUUGGAGAUAAUGGCUGAUAAUUGCAGAGUUUAUUUGCCGUGGUGGGAGUGGGGAGGAAUCCAGCUCUGCCUGCAGGACACGACUGAAGAGCCUGGAAAACCCACGGGAAUCACUGCACGGCUUUUUUGGGUCAUUUAACUUUUGAACUGAGGGGUUCUGCUCCUCUUCAGCUGAAAGGAAAAUUGUAGGAAAGCUGCAUUAAAAAUCCAACCCUGGGUUAUGGAAUGCCAUGAUCCCACUGGAUCCUUUGUCUGUGCACAGAGUGUGGGUGAUGUUUGAUCCUGAAGCAGCACAGAGCAGCCAAAUUUCUUCCUCAGCUGGACAGAGGCCUCAGAAAAUUGAUUUAAUGUGUGAAAUUCUCCUCACAGAAGAAAUAAAAACUCUGUGGCAAAUUGUUAUGAGUCAAUAAAUGAGGAUAUUUAUUUGU